AUGUCCACAAACCCUCAAAAAAGCACUACAAACACUGCUUCUAAACCUACGGCUACCACUGCACGGAAAACCACUCAGCCUCAGGCAAAGCCGGAUAUGUUGGAUCUAAGCCCUGAAAUGAUGAAGAAGAGGUUAAUGCAAGAAGUUAACUCUAAGGAAGGAAAGGAACAUAUAAAAAAGGCGAAGGAAUACAUGAAAGAUCAAGCCGAGGAACAGCUAAAGGAUCUUCCAGAAAAGAUGGAAGAAGUGAAUGAACAAAUUGAUGAAGUUCGGGAGAAUGUUCAAGAGGAAGUUGACGAGGCAAAAGAAGAAAUGCAGAGGGAAUUUGACGAUGCAAAGGCUCAAGCUCAGGCAUGUAUUCUUAUUUUAACUGAAUGA